ACCUGCUAAAGCAGAUGGAUGCAAAGCAGUCAGCAGGGAUGCCCUGGUACCUUGUAGGAUGAGAUGUAUAGAAUUGUGGUGAGAGAUGUGUAGAGGGAUGGAAUUUACUCUUGACAUGUCAGUGUGCAGCCUGGCAAAGGUAUUGGAGAAUUUUGUUUUGAUGUCACUGCAAAAGGCCCCUGUGGAGAUUCAGUUCAGCAGUGUCAGCAUAUACCUGUUGAAGACAGAGUUGCUGGUAGCUGCAGCUUUUGUGCACUGUAUUGGGUUUCUGCUUCAGCACUGAUUACUGGGUGGUAUUUGGGAUGAGGAUAAAUACUCUAGUACGAGCAGAUUGCAAGAAAUAGAGUGAAUAAUGUAAAUUAAGUAUUACACUAUGUGCUGAUAGCCCAGCUUUACUACUGUGCUUUUGUGAAGAAGCUGUUAAUCAAAUGGACCAUGAUGUUCUUAAGUGGAUGUGAGGAGGUAGGUUUGGUUUGAAGUGACAAAGGAAAGGAAAUUAAUUAGCUUAAGGAAAUGAUCUCCUUUUCCAUGGGGAAUUAAGGUGGAAUAUCCAGUAAUGCACUUACACAAUAGUAACUUUCAGCAGGUGCCUUUGAAAGGACAGCAGUGUCACAUCUUAGGAGCUUUAUAGUUUAUUGAAACUUCUUUUUAAGUGAAUAGUCUUAUUUCUGUAACUACAGACAGAUUUGAGUGAAGCAUGGAUGGAUUUGGCUGGAUGGCUCUGAAGCACCUCUGUGUUGCACUAGUGUUUGACAACAUCAUAACCCGUGCUUUCCUCACAGGUUUGCAACAGAUCUUAAAGCCUUUUAUAUUAUAUUUAAAAAUACUGUGCUGAUAAGUAUAUCAAUACAGUCUUAUAUGGGUUGUGUCUCACUGAAAGGGACUGGGCUUGAUGACACAGAUCACUCCCAUCUUGUUCUUUCUUUAGGUACAUCUCUAAGCUUCUUACAUCUGUAAUGACAGGCAGAAAACACAGGACAGCAUGGAGGAAAAGGUGACAAAUCAGAAAAGGAAAAUAAACCUUUCCAGGAAGAAUGAGUGUUCAGCAAAACCAUGUGUGAAUGGCACAGGAAAGAGAGUAAGGUUGUAGCAAACAAAAAAAAUUAGUCAAGGAUCAUUAACUUUUUUUUUUAGCUUGUUCUCAUUUCCAACAGAAUCAAUGUUAUAACUGGUCAAAUUUAUGCUGUUUUUUAUUUUAUUUAUUUAAUAGUAUUUUACUGAUCAAAAUACAAAUACUUUUUUUAGGAGGAGAUAGCAAGCUAACGUACUAAUUUUUAGAUCUAGAAACUGUAAUUCUAUUUUCCAUAUUUAAAAUUCCUUCAUUCCUUGCAGUCUCUAAGGCUUUCUCACAGUUUCAGGAUUGAACAGAAGGCAUCUGGUGCUUGAGUGAGGCUGUUGUGCCUUGAGGGACUAAAUGAGGUGCAGUGCUGGCAUGCAGCUUGAUCUUGGGUUUGUAUGAUGGUACAGGGAGCUGCUAAGGGUGGAUGCACAUCUUGUGUGUGGGGAGGUUUAAUAUGGCAGUAGCUAACUUGUUUAAGCUUCAGAAGAAUAACCUGGUGGUUAUUUUGUUGUCCUUGACUUCAGUGUUAGAUGUGUGACUGCUGACCAUCAAUACUGUCAACUAGAUUUGACCUUAAGUAUUUAGGAAUAUUUGGUAGUGAUGUAACUUCAUGUGUUGGAAGUUGAAGGUAUGAUGAUCCAUAAAAAGUGAAUCAAUGUGAUUUUCACCUGUGCUGAUUGUUGGCUCCACUGCAACCAUCCCAAACCACACACUUCUAGGUACCCACUGGUCUGGAAUGGAAACUGCAGGCAUCAAACUUAAGUUCUACUACUUCUGGUCUCUCCAAAUAUGACUUGAGUCCUACCUCUCAGCAGAGUGGGCAGGAGAGUUUCCAGGGAGUUGGCGUCGUGGUUUUAGGGUGGUUUUUCCUUCAGCAUAAAAUCCCCUAAUACAGGCUGAAGUUAUUUGAUUUCUGGGUCAACUCCAGGUUAGGCUGAUAUGUAACAAUUAUGGAUGUGCCAUCAGUACAACCUUUCUACUUGUAAAGAACUAGGUUUAAGUUGUUUGGAAGGUGAGUGUGGGGUUGGUUUUGGGUUUUCUUUGUAUCUGUUUUACUUGGGUGUUUUUUUAAUUUGCAAUAUGUUCUCCCAGAGGAGUGACCACACUGGGUGAACUCCUCCAGACUGAGGUAUGUACUCAAGUAUCAGUGGAGAGCUCAUGAUGGUGACUAACACCAGAUUGCAGAUAUCUUUGGAGAGUUGAAACAAUAGUGGUGUGGCAACAAGACUGAACUUUUGUUAGUGUGCAGGCUUGGUGAGUUUGAUGUUGACUAUACUGUCUAGGUGUCUGAUUGUGAAAUAAGGAUGUUUAAAGCUGUUGUCCUUGGUAGUCGAAUUUACCACUCUGAAAACACAGAUGCUACCUGCUGUUAGGCCAUUGAUCUGAUGAAAGAGAUUUGCUCUUCUGUAAGUCUGGCCAAAUUUGUGUGACCUUAAAACUUCCAACCUGGAGUCUGAACCCAUUUCAGUUCCCAUUUAUAUGAGUAAAGCUCAGACAGCUGAAGGCCCAAAAUAUGUAAAGAGCUUUCUUGCCCAGCUGUGCACAGAAAGCUGGGCCUGGGAGUACCCUCUGUGGAGAUCUUGGGAAUGUGUGUUUUGUUUCUCGUAGGAAUUUGUCAAGUCUUAGACAGGUGUGUGAGUAAUUGGCAGCUAAAGGAAGCCAAAGUAACUAUUACGUACUGUGUCCUGAAACAGAAUUUCAUACCUUUCCAGACUUGCAAUGCAAUUUAAACCUGUAACUCCCAAGAUUCCUGGGCAGGGAUUGCAAAGAGGGACUACUGGCUGACAGAUCUAGAUGUUAAGCAAGUAUAGUUUGUUUGAAGUGAACUCAGCUCUUAAAAUACAAUGUAGGGGAGUUUGAGCGCAGCAUUUUUGUGUUUUGAAUUUUAGCACAAUUCUUCAGACUUUCAGAGACAGAUCAGGAUAAAUAAAAAUGAAUUUGCUUUCUUGAAAAAUAUGAUGUCAUGAUAAAGCCAUCAGUUUGGGCCUGUCUAGACUGCUGUACAUGCUCUGUGCUUAAUCCCUCUGGAAUAGAGGGACUUGUGUUCAGAAGUGUGGGAUGCCUUCAGCACCUUCACUAGGAACUGCAGAUUCUAUGAAAAAUCAUGGUUUGUAUCUUGAAGUUAUUACUGGUUCAAAGAUAAACAUCAAGUCUACUUCAGCCUCAUUGAAGAGGAUAGGCAGUAAGCUUGUGUUAAACAAUGAGCUAGUGAAUUAAUUCUUGUUAUGUGCCAUUGACAGGACACUCUUAGAAUGGCCUGUGGAUGGUGAAAUACCAGAGGAGCUAAAUACAUGAAUCAGUUGGUGUAAGCCACUUGCAGACAAUCCAUGUUAACAGUCACUGGCUCUGGUUGAGGAUUCAGAAUGGGAGACAAGCCUAUCUGGGAGCAGAUUGGAUCCAGCUUUGUACAACAUUACUACCAGCUUUUUGAUGCAGACAGGACUCAGUUAGGAGCAAUAUAUAUUGAUGCAUCAUGCCUUACGUGGGAAGGACAGCAGUUCCAGGGCAAAGCAGCCAUUGUUGAAAAACUCACUAGCCUCCCUUUCCAAAAAAUACAACACAGCAUCACAGCACAAGACCACCAACCUACACCUGAUAGCUGUAUACUCAGUAUGGUAGUGGGACAGCUUAAGGCUGAUGAAGAUCCUAUCAUGGGAUUCCACCAGAUAUUUCUAUUAAAGAACAUCAACGAUGCCUGGGUUUGCACCAAUGACAUGUUCAGGCUAGCACUGCACAACUUCGGCUGAGCUGCCCAUCCCGAGGCACCCGGGCUUUUGUUUUUCUUUUAUUUUUUUUCUUUCUUUUUUUUUUUUUUUUUCGUUUUUCUCCUCUCCUCUUAACUGGUAUUAUCCACACUCACGGAACAUUCCAAAUAUCAUACACAAACCUGCAGCACUGCAGAGCGUGAGCAAGCAAGACUUGUGACCUGCCCUUCUGCUGAGUUUACAUUGUCACUAGAUGAGUUUCUUGUGCAUGAUGUUUGGAAGUUAGACUUAGCUGCAUUUGAUAAGAGAAAUUUGUGUUGUACCAGCAUGCCUCGGAAAGAAUUUAUAAUGCAAAAGGUUGUUGUUUAUGUACUGACAAAUUGCUCUAUAACCCAAAGAAAUGAAAGAACAGCAGCCUGUACAGCCCAGUUAUUGAUUUGUUCAGAUGUUUCAAUGCUACAUGACACAAUAAAACAGAGAUUUUCUUAAAAGUUUAAA